AUUAUUAGAGUAGUUAAAUUCCCAACGGUGGAGUGUUACUGCAAAGUGCAGACACGUCCAAGCAUUCUCUCUCUCUCUCUCUUCUCUCUCUCUAGAAAAGCAGGGAUGUGAGAGAGAGAAGAAGAAGAAAAAGCAAAGAUGCCAAAUACCACAAUGUUUAGAUUUCUUCUGCUAUGGAUGCUUUUCCUCUGCUUUGCUUUUACUGUGUGGGCAGCUCAACGAGGGCCGUUUGCUAUGCGCAUAAGCUGUGGGGCUCGGCAGAAUGUUCAAACAAAACCAACCACUACCCUUUGGUAUAAAGACUUUGGAUAUACUGGAGGCAUACCCGCUAACGCAUCUAAAACAAGCUACAUUUCCCCUCCUCUCACAACUCUUCGCUAUUUCCCUUUGUCUGAAGGUCCUUCAAAUUGCUACCACAUUAAUGGAGUGCCAAAGGGGCACUACUCAGUCAGGAUCUUUUUUGCACUUGUCGCACAAGCUAGAGCUACCGAUGAACCUCUAUUUGACAUCUCUAUUCAAGGCACUCAAAUAUAUUCUUUGAAAUCAGGUUGGACCGAUCAGGAUGAUCAAGCAUUUACCCAAGCUCAAGUGUUUCUUAUGGAUAGUUCUGUCUCAAUCUGUUUCCAUAGCACGGGUCAUGGAGAUCCAGCAAUCCUUUCAAUUGAGAUUCUUCAAAUUGAUGAUAAAGCUUAUUAUUUUGCGCCUGGAUGGAGUCAAGGGAUAAUACUUAGGACAGUUAAAAGACUUAGUUGUGGUUUUGGGCAGUCAAAAUUUGGCGUAGAUUAUGGUGCGGAUCCCCUGGGUGGGGACAGAUUUUGGCAGCAUACUAAAACUUUUGGUCAGGAUUCUGAUAGACCUAGAUCCGUUGAAACUAGAAUCAAACAGGCUUCACUUCCACCAAACUUUUAUCCAGAAACUCUUUAUCGAUCAGCACUUGUUAGUACUAGUAGCCAGCCUGAUUUAACAUAUACAUUGGAUGUGGAUCCCAACAAAAACUAUUCUAUUUGGUUACAUUUUGCAGAGAUUGAUAAUUCAGUGACUGCCAUAGGUCAAAGGGUCUUUGACAUUAUGAUAAAUGGUGAUGUUGCUUUUAAAGAUGUUGACAUUGUGAAAUUGAGUGGGGGUCCUUAUACCGCCCUUGUGCUUAAUACAACUGUUACUGUUAAUGGGAGGACUUUGACAAUAACUUUGAAUCCAAAAGAGGGUAGUCUUGCCAUAAUCAAUGCCAUUGAGAUAUUGGAGGUUAUAAUGGUUGAGUCAAAUACUUUAUCAGAUGAAGUUAGGGCUUUACAAACAUUAAAGAAGGCUUUGGGGCUUCCUCCCAGGUUUGGGUGGAAUGGUGAUCCAUGUGUUCCUCAACAACAUCCAUGGACUGGAGCAGAUUGCCAAUUAGACAAAAGUAGCAGCAAAUGGGUCAUUGAUGGACUUGGUCUUGACAAUCAAGGUCUGAAGGGUUUCUUGCCGAAUGACAUAUCCAGACUGCAUAAUCUACAAAACCUAAACCUAAGUGGAAACAGCAUUCAUGGGGCUAUUCCUUCCGCACUUGGAACAAUAACUAGCUUGCAAGUGCUUGACCUGUCCUACAACUUUUUCAAUGGAUCAAUUCCUGAAAGCCUUGGACAAUUGACGUUGUUACGAAGACUGAACCUUAAUGGCAACUUCCUGUCUGGAAGGGUCCCAGCAACUCUAGGAGGAAGACUUUUGCACAGAGCUAGCUUCAAUUUUACUGAUAAUGCAGGUCUGUGUGGUAUACCUGGAUUACCUACAUGCGGACCUCACCUUUCUGCCGGUGCUAAAGUUGGUAUUGGGUUAGGUGCUUUUUUUACAUUUCUACUGCUUAUUGUCUGUUCAGUUUGCUGGUGGAAAAGGCGCCAGAAUAUCCUACGGGCUCAGCAAAUUGCGGCGAGGGCAGCUCCAUAUGCAAAAGCAAGGACCCAUUUUUCACGUGACAUCCAGAUGACAAGGCAUAAUAAUUAUGGCAAUGCUCACACUGCUGCGGAGAAUGGGCCUAUCUUGCUUUCAUGAUAACAUCCCAUUGUUCUGGUAUCUUUCGAAGACUAUCCCAGCAUUUUUUUAAUUGAAGAGUCCUAUUUAAGUGGCUUGAAUGGCAGGGUAAUAUGAUCUUCUGAUGGCUGUACCCCAUAGUGUGCUUCCCCAAAUAUUGACAAAGUUCCUUGAGCCCAUUGAAUCACUUACAAGCUGAGAACCCUCCUAAUUUGUAAAUCAGUAAAUUUUGUACAUUACCAUGUUUACGUUUUUAUUACCCCCUCUAUGUUUGAACUUCUAUACAGAUUCUUUUUUUCAUCUAUUAGGAAAGGAUUUAUAGCAGUUUAAAAGUUGAAAUGCAGAUAGAAAUCAUAAUGUUCUAUAUAGAAGAAAAGUGAGGUUU